AUGCCGCCAAAGCUUGACCCGUCGCAGGUGGUGGAGGUCUACGUCCGAGUCACCGGUGGCGAGGUUGGCGCAGCGAGUUCACUCGCUCCCAAAAUCGGUCCUCUCGGUCUCUCUCCAAAGAAGAUCGGAGAAGACAUUGCAAAGGAGACAGCUAAGGACUGGAAGGGUUUAAGAGUGACAGUGAAGCUGACCGUCCAGAAUCGUCAGGCGAAGGUUGCGGUUGUUCCAUCGGCGGCUGCACUUGUCAUCAAGGCUUUGAAGGAGCCGGAACGGGAUCGGAAGAAGACGAAAAACAUCAAGCAUAAUGGGAAUAUUUCUCUUGAUGAUGUUAUUGAGAUUGCGAAGAUUAUGAAGCCGAGAUCGAUGGCGAAGGAGCUUGCUGGGACGGUUAAGGAGAUUCUUGGGACUUGUGUGUCUGUUGGAUGUACUGUUGAUGGGAAGGACCCGAAGGAUCUGCAACAGGAGAUUAACGAUGGGGAUGUUGAAAUCCCUCAGGAUUAA